AUGGGAAGUCCCGGGUGGUUGAAGAGCGACUUCCCGAAGAUCCGAGAGCUGGCGGCGCCCUACUCCAGCUGCACUUACUGCCAGUACGGGCCAAGUCUUUGGGAAGACGAGACUCAGAAUGAGCCACUGAAAGCGCUGAGGGCCCAGUUCCGGCAGUACACCUUCACCUUCAGGUCUGAAUGGUGCGGCUUCGGCCGGAGCGCCAACUGGCAGCACGUCUUGAAGAUCACAAACAACGACUCCGCGGCGGGGGAAAUAAUCGGGGACCUCUAUGUGGUGAACGCCAUUGCCUCUCACCCCUUCGAUCUCUGCGUGGCAACCAGCGGGAUCGACAACUCGGUGAAGAUCUGGAUGCCCAGCCGCCGCGAGGAGCCCAUGCCGCUGGACCUUGCGGAGUUCCCCUGG